AUGAAUACUUCAGGUAGCGAGCCGCAGAAGGCGCAGGGAGAAACCGGAAAACGUGCCCCCAAAGCCAACAAGUCAUGUCUGCCCUGCCGUGUACGCAAGGUCAAGUGCGAUGCCACCGUGAUUGGCCUCCCCUGCAGCAGUUGUACCAGCAGGCAGUGCGCUAAGGACUGUACCACACUCUCCCCGGCUACAUCCCACAGUAGCCAGUUAGACAGCCUCAAUCAAUCUAAUCAAUCUAAUCAAUCAAAACAAUCAAGACAAUUUUCCACUUCCGAUCCCUUGGACUGCCAAAACCCACGUCAGACUGAGCCAGACCUGCUCUACCUUAAUAUCCUAAACGACGCCGUGAAAGAAACUACAGAAUCAAGUCAACAUCACACCACUUCCAAUACCCCCUACCGUUCAAGGCCGGAAGACAGCUUUACUCCUCGGAACUGUCUAUGGACCAAGCUACCCCGAUUGGAUGACAUUGACAAUGAAUAUCUUGUCAAGAAGGGUGUCUUUGACCUACCUCCUCCGCACCACUUAGAUGCCCUCAUUAAGACAUACUUUGACCACGUCUGCCCUUUUGCUCCCGUGAUCAACAGAGCUGAUUUCAUUCGCGGCUAUCAAUCCGGCGACUGCUCUUUGUUCCUGCUCCGCGUCAUAUUGACACCAGCCAGUCUCUAUGCGCCAGCAGAUGUGCUAUCCGCCUGCGGCUUUGCCAGCCGCUCGGCCGCGCAAGAGUCGUUCUUCUCCAAGGCCAAGCUGCUCCACGACUUUGCCGCCGAAGAUGACCCGUUGUUGAUGCUGCAGGGAUCCAUCAUCUUGUGCAUGGUGAUUCUCGACCACCCCACCGACCGGGACUUUGGCUACUGGUUCCAUAAUGCGAUCCGUCUUGCCACUAAGCUUGACCUACGCGACACGUGUGUUCGAGAAGACAAACCCCGUAAAAUUAUAAAGUUGUACAGAAGGAUCUGGUGGACUCUCUACUUUUUAGACAUUUUCCACGUCUUUGUCAAUACCAGACGCUCGCGACUACUCGAAAACACCUCCGCGAUCAAGCCGAGGACGGAAGAUGACUGGGAAGCGGAGGAUGUCUCGGGAGCAUCAUCCGGCUUGCUAUCGGCGGUCACGCCUCAGCAAAAGGCCUCGCCUGUUGUCCACUGCGAGUUGUCUCGAAUAUUCGGACAGUGUUUGUCCAUUGUAACAAACAAGCCACAGCAGGAUCCUCGCCAAAUGAUGCACCCACUCGAUGCAUGGCGCAAGUCUCUCGCUACCAAGAUGCACGUGGGUGGGAAUACUGGAACUGACGUGUACUAUCUGAAUAUACAAGCCAUGAGCUACAGGUUUGAGUGCAUCUUGUGUCGUCUAAUACGACGCUGUUUGCAGCAGUCCCAACAUGCGGACUGGAGCGAGUGGGCCAAAGAGCGGCUUCGGUCCGCUAUUCUGGAGUUGGACACGAUUUCUAUGAGGGUGUUGGCGAGUGGUACCCUUCAGGACUUUCCCGUGUCUUUCAUAACCACAAUAACUGCGCUGCUCGCUCUACACAUCGAAUCGGCCCUCGAUCCAGCCGAGACAGACCUCGUCCGUUCCAUGGCUCGGAUAUCCAUCAGCCAGACAAUGCUUGUUCUCACCCAGGGAAAAGAAAUACCCGCCCUGAAAAGAGCGCUGCCGGUAUUUGAGGAGAUUCUUGCCAAGAAAAAUCUGUACUUGGUUCCACCCAACAUUCUCGGUCAAGUACCUGCGCAGUGGCAGUCACAAGACAGCAGCAUGGCGGAUGCUUACACUUCGCCGAACACACAGGUCAAUAUAAUUCCGUCUCAAUUAGAGCAGGGUGAGAGUAAUCUACCACUCCAUGGCGAUUUCCUAGGACUUGAUUUCUUGGACGAUUGGAGAUUGGGCAGCUGGAGUUCACUAUUCGAUGUUGACAUGGGUUCCCAAGAACGGGCGGAAUAGAGGCACAGACAAUUAUCUAGCUGUAGCAAUAACACAACCUGGGCCAUUGCAGCAAUC